ACGAGGGUUACUGUUCUGGGACAGUAGGGAGCUCAUUUAUCUGUUACUGUCGACCAAAGUUCAGUGGACCCUUGUGUAACAAAACAAUGAGUAUAGGCAAUCCCUGCUCCAGCAGACCUUGUUUGAACUCUGGAAUCUGUAGCAGUGUGCAAACAACACAAUUCAAAUGUUUCUGCUUACCGGGCUACACAGGGAAACAGUGUGAACAAACGCAAGAUCCCUGCUCUUUAAAGCCCUGUAUGAAUGGUGGCAUCUGUUUUCAAACCACUGAAGCUAAUGCGUUUAGAUGUGCGUGUCCGGAAAAUUUCACAGGCCGUCUGUGUGAAACAGCUAUGUUGAUGCAUCCGUGCAGGAACUCCCCGUGUAAGAAUGGCGGUUAUUGUACGGAGUUUGGCGCCACCUACCGGUGUUACUGUAGGUCCGGGUAUACGGGAUCGGACUGUACUCUCGUGACGUCAGCCAUCAUUUCAAGUCAGUGUGACAAAGGGAAGAGCUUGCUGCUAUCUCAUCCAUCUUAUUGUCAGCUCUACUAUAACUGCAGCGCGCCGUCUGGCAACAUUCCCGCCAGACCAGAGGAAAAGUUUUUAGACGAGUGUCCUUAUCCUCAACUUUUCUCCACCACAAGCGGAACAUGUGAACCCUUUUACAGGGUAGACUGUGGCAGGCGCCAAAUUCUGUUGGAUUUCUGUGACUAUUGGAAACAAAAAUGCCUGAGUGUUUGUAAGUCUUGCUCUAUUGACCACCCAACUUGUGUAGAUAUGGCGGACGGGAUCCACCGUAACCCCAUGAAACCAAACAGCCCAUAUUACAUGGCGUGCUACCAGAACAGAACUGUGUACGUCUCCCAGUGUCAGAAAGACAGGUUUGGGAAACAAAUGAUUUUCCAUGAAAACAAAUGUACAAGUGCUUUUGACAUUGCCAAAGCCGAGGGAGGGCGAAGACCAGAAUGUACGGGUAGUGAUACUGGAAUAUAUUCUGACCCGGGGGGAGACUGUCGGUUAUAUUACAUGUGUCAGGGAGGGCUGGCCAGGGUAAUGCAGUGUUCUGACGGGACGAUAUUCCACUACCAGCCUGGUAAACCCCUGUGCCAAGAUCCAAAAGACGUAUGUCAACCAUGUGGAACAAAAGCAUGUGAUACAAGACAGUCCUAGGCGACAGAGUAAUCCCAGAUGCCACAGAAAAGAACAAAUAUAUUUUUAUAAUUGUGUACCACUGAAUGGACACUACAAGAACUGAAUUCAGUUCCAUAUAUGAUGUUAACUUUAUUUCCAAAAUAAAAGUUAAAUAUUUUCGUAGAGUGACUGUGUUGACCAAUGGUUCGUCGUAUUCGAAUAAUGGGUUGGAUGGGGUCCUGAUAUUUAAAUUAUGGCAUAUUAUGUAACAAUUACUUCUUGACCACAAUUUGACCUUUCGUGUAAAACA